AUGGGUUGUGUUGCAUCGAGGAUUGAUAAGGAAGAGAGGGUGCGAGUUUGCAAGGAGAGAAAGAAGCUAAUGAAACAGUUGGUUCGGUUUAGAGGAGCAUUUGCAGAUGCCCAGUUGGAUUAUUUAAGAGCAUUGAGGAAUACUGGAGCAACACUUAGACAAUUUACAGAGUCCGAGACAUUAGAGCUUGAUACUACUCCAUAUGGCUUGGCAUUGCCAGCUUCCCCUCCUCCCCCUUUGCCUCCUUCCCCUCCACCACCACCUCCUUAUAGCCCUGAUUUGAGAAAAUUGGAUAACAGAGAAGAAAUUGGUCUAGAGGAAAGCAUAGAGAUUACAGAGGAUGAUAUCAGUACUCCACCACCUCCUCCAGGCCCGAGCUCGUCAUGGGAAUCUUGGUACCUUUUUGACUCUUCUUCACCACAGCAUCUGAAACAUAAUGAAACAGUGGAACCACUUGAGGAGGAAAACUGGGCAGAGACUAAGACGGAUUUUGAGGAAGACGAACAUGAAGAGGAAACUGCUUCAAAUGUUGUAAAUUCUCUGCCUAAGAAACCGCAGCUCGCAGAUUCCGUUGGGGAUAAUUCAUCAACGAUGAAGUUGUAUACUAAGGACACUGCAGACAUGGCCAUGGUACUACGGAGAAGCAAGAAGACCUUGGACGGUAUAGCUAAGGUGAUAGAUGAAUAUUUUCUCAAACCAUCAGAUGGUUUAAAGGAAAUUGCUGUUCUUAUGGAAAUCAAAAGAGGGAAUACUUCUCUGCCUCACAGUACGAGUGAAAGCAAAAGGAAGAGGGGUAAUUCCACAAAGGUCUUUAGUGCAUUGUCAUGGAGUUGGUCUUCUAGGUCACUUCAGUUUCCAAGAGAUGCAGUUGAGUCUAGUGGUCCAAGUGAACCAUGCAGGCCAGGAGCUCAUUGCAUUACACUUCAAAAAUUAUAUGAUGAGGAAAAGAAACUUUACAAAGAAGUUAAGGAGGAAGAGUUUACCAAAUUAGAGCAUGAUAAGAAAUCCAAGUUACUGCAAAAACAAGAGGAUGAAAACCAUGACUGGACCAAGACUGAGAAAACUCGGUUAAGCGUUGAGAGUUUGGAGUCAGACAUCUUACGUCUUCAGCACUCAAUCAGCACCACUUGUUCUUCUUUAGUGAAGCUCAUAGAUGAUGAGCUGUAUCCUCAGUUGGUCACACUAACUUCCGGGCUUUUGCACAUGUGGAGAACGAUGCAUGAAUGUCACCAAGUUCAACAUUUUGUUUCCCAGCAGUUGAAUAUUCUUACUGAUAUAAAGAUGGACUUGAGUACCAACUACCACCGCCAAGCUGCAAUUCAACUGGAAACCGAGGUUUCUUGCUGGUACAACUGGUUCCGCGAAGUCGUAAAAUCUCAACAAGAGUAUGUUAGAACACUUUCCAAGUGGAUCCAACUUACUGACAGUCUUGUUGAUGACCAUCGAAAGAGUCUUUACUCAUCUUCUGUUCGUUGCAUGUGUCAACAAUGGAAUCUUGCUUUUGAACGAUUACAGCAUGAGGAGGCAGCAGAAGCCAUUAAGAGCCUUCAAUUAGCAAUCUGCUCAAUUCGCGUGCAGCAAGUGGAGGAGCACAAUGUGCAGAAAAAAUAUGAAAAACUUGAGAAAAGACUGCAAAAGGAGUUAUAUUCAUUGGCUGAGAUGGAGAAAAAGAUGGAGGGGAGCGUCACCGAGGGAGAUGAGUACUCCAGUUUAGGCCCUAAGCAUCCUUUGUCACUUAAGCGAGACAAAACUGAAGACUUAAAAAAGGAAGUGGACAGUGAGAAGGCCAAAUUUCUUAACUCAGUCCGGGUUAGCAAGUCCCUGACACUGGAAAACCUAAAAAGAAGCCUUCCCAAUGUAUUCCAAGCGUUAAUGACAUUUUCUAGUCUCUAUGUUGAAGCCAUUGAGGCUGUUUGUGGCGUCAUUAAACCAGCCGAUGAUUCUGAUGGUACAUUGUCAACCUCAUAG